GAUAGGUAGAAAUGACAUGGGAAUCUAUUAAAAAUAACAUGUUCUGAAUAUUCACAUUGGAUUUCAAGGGUAUCUAGAACAACAAUAUCUACAGAAUGUGUGCAAUAUUUACUUUGGCUUAGAUAUGAGUCUUUUCCACCUCUGAAUCGUCAAUGUCGUAUAAAAGCUUAAACCAGGUCGAGCCCUCAACCCGUCUCGUUCGAUCGUACCCCAUCACAGCACCUAACCCCUGACCCCAAGUAGCUCAGACUGGUCGAAGUUGGUAAAUAUUUCACAUCCUUCUUCACAGCAGUGCUGUAUAGACCCGGGCUAAGCACUGUAAACAUGUUCCUGAGAGGGAGAGUAGGAAUCUAGGGCACUAUUAUCUGGCCCCUUUUCUUCGAGCAGAAGCAGAGAUCUGUGGAUGGAGAGAGCUGGAGAGAGAAAGAGAGAGAGAGAGAGAGGAGAUAUUUCGUGCUUUAUUCAGGCUGCUGGAGAAGACUAAUUCUUAAUACUCCUUUCUAGGAGCUAGACAAUCUCACAGGGACCUUUACUAUAAUACACAACCACACACACACACUUCAUACACUCCCUCAGCACCAUGUUGGAGGAGAAGAAGACCAAGGUGAAGAUCACGUUCUUUAUCAUCCUGGUGGGCAUCUCCUGCAUGCUGGCUGCCAUGGUGACGGACCACUGGACUGUACUGAGCCCGCCGUUCAACAAGUUCAAUGCCACCUGUGAGACGGCCCACUUUGGCCUCUGGAAGCUCUGCAUGAAGACCAUCUUCAUGGUGGAGGAGGACCCUGAGGGCCAGGGCUGUGGCCCCAUCAGUCUGCCCGGAGCCAAGAACUGCUCCUACUUCAAACACUUCACUAAGGAAGAAGAGGCCAAAGGGUUCGAAGCCAAAACUCAGAAAGAGUACAACCUCUCAGCAGCGGCCAUUGCUGUGUUCAGCCUGGCCUUUAUGACCCUGGGGUCGCUGUGUGUCGUGUGCUCCUUCGGGAAGGGGAGGGACUACCUGCUGAGGCCUGCUGGGAUGUUCUUUGCCUUCGCAGGUCUCUGCAUCAUCAUCUCUGUUGAGGUGAUGCGGAACUCCACCAAGCGGAUGAUUGACAGCGAGGAGACCGUCUGGGAACAGUACUACUACUCCUGGUCGUUUGAAUGUGCCUGCACCUCCUUCGUCCUCCUGGUCUUCAGUGGUCUCAGCCUGUUGAUCCUCUCCAUGCCCCAGAUGCCACGCAACCCCUGGGAGACCUGUAUGGACGCAGAGCCAGACUCCAUGGAGCCUUUAGACUAGUAGUAGUAGAUCAGAUUAGACCUGCCCAGAUCAACCCCUGGGAGACCUGUAUGGACGCAGAGCCAGACUCCAUGGAGCCCUUAGACUAGUAGUAGUAGAUCAGAUUAGACCUGCCCAGAUCAACCCCUGGGAGACCUGUAUGGACGCAGAGCCAGACUCCAUGGAGCCCUUAGACUAGUAGUAGUAGAUCAGAUUAGACCUGCCCAGAUCAACCCCUGGGAGACCUGUAUGGACGCAGAGCCAGACUCCAUGGAGCCUUUAGACUAGUAGUAGUAGAUCAGAUUAGACCUGCCCAGAUCAACCCCUGGGAGACCUGUAUGGACGCAGAGCCAGACUCCAUGGAGCCCUUAGACUAGUAGUAGUAGAUCAGAUUAGACCUGCCCAGAUCAACCCCUGGGAGACCUGUAUGGACACAGAGCCAGAGUCCAUGGAGCCCUUAGACUAGUAGUAGACUCCAUUAGAACAGACCAGACUAGUCUAGACCAGGGGAAUCUUCAACAAAGGCUGCUAAAACCAUACAUGUUUUUAUAGAAUCCAACUGAAGAUAAACUAAAUUGAGGCUGGUGGUGGGGGCAACAGAGUUAAGGAUACAGAUGAAUGAGAGUGGGGCACCCCGCCUAAGUAAUAGUAGAAGGGGAAACACUGCACUACACUGCUUGGUUUUAAGUGUACAGAUAAAGAUGUAAGGCAGGAUCUCUGAGCAGUCCUUGAGGGCCACAGAUUUUCCUUUCUUUGGUCCUUAACUGAUACAUUUCUGUCAUUGAUUGCAGAGAGUGUCUGCUCUCCUGGUCCAUAUCAUCCGUUACUAAGCAACAGACACUGUGGCACUUGAGGACUGGCCUGAUUUAGGGUGCGUUAGUAAAUUCACCAUGGCAACUUACUUCGAAAUUCAGAACACUCUGGUUGGAGAGUGCCAGAGCGCAGAAUCAUUUAUGAAUUUACGAACUGCCUAAACUCAGUUGUUAUGACAGAUUUAAGUAAACAUUGGCUAAAAAACUGAAUUAAAUUGUUGCCAGUAACACAGUUACAGUCACUAACCCUCUUGAUAACAUGGAAACACUCUAGCACUAAUAGCAGCUCUGCAAGGGUGAGUAACAUGUUCAGAGUGAAGUGUUCUCUCAUUUGUGUCUGGAAGUAGCUAGCAAGCAAGCUAAGCAAGUUUAGCCAGUUGGCUUGGGAGCUUGAAGGCCGAUGUAAAGUCAGAAUGCUCAGAUCAACCCUACACCUCGGCCAGAGUGUCCAGUGUGCACUCUGAACGCUCCGAGAUCGAAACACUGAAGUUAUGAACGGACAAUCUGACAACACUCUGAAUUUACAAACACUCAAAGCACACUCCGAGUGCACUCUGACACUCUAAAGUGAAUUUACGAACGCACCUAUAAUGUACAGUAUUAAAAUGUGGCUUUUGCUAUAAAAUGACCACAGAGACAGAAAGAGCUAAAGAACAUGGCAACAUAGUGAGCUGCUACUCUGUGUAAUUUAAUAUAGUUUGAGCUGUCUUGUACACGUCUAAUAUACAUUUCCGCUCUAGCGUUCUACAUUUUUGUAAUGAAAUAAGUUAAUGCUUUAAUGAACGUUGCAUUGUAAAUGUUCACCCCUCCAGGCAGCUACAAACAAUGUGUAUUUAUUUAACAUGUAUCAAUGGAUUAAACCAUAUUGAAGCUCCAGUGCAAUGCCAGUACACAGAUCUACUGUAUUAGUUAGGGAGCUACACUGCUGCUUGUUGUUUACAGAGGAAACCUAGAAUGUACAGUGUGUAUACAGUACUUGUAUGUUUUAAACAUGGGCCUAUGAAGAUGAUAGAUAUGUUGUUUUGUGUUCAAUAGUAGCUUCAUCAAACAAUCCAUUCCAAUCUAGCUUGAACACAAAACAUUCAAGCCCACCACAGUGAUUAUUGGACAGAUACAUUGUCUUCACUGAAUGGCAAUAUCUCCCAUUGUGUACCUCUCCUCAUAUUGUAUUCUCUCUCUCUCUCUCUCCCUCUCCCUCUCUACUGUCUAAUUAUCUAUCUAUCCCCCCUCUCUUCCCAUCUGUUUCACUUAAAGUUCCAAAGCAAAAGAUGAAGUGUGAGAAUGUUUCAAGGGUGUUGUGAUAAAUUCCUUUCUUUCUAUUGACACAGGACAGUUGUUGCAUAAUGAAUUAUCUUCAAAGUAUUAUAGCCAGCUGAACAAGUUAAAUUGUAGUGAUUUUCAGUCAACAAGCGACAGGCAUGUUCUGUUUUUGGGGAACACUGUUGUAUAGGUACUGAUUUCAAUAGCUACAAAGCAGUAAUGUUCUGUGCUGACAGAUUCAAGUACAUCUAAACACAAACACCCCUUGUUCUCACCCAUCUAAGCACCGAACCCAUUGUUUUGUGCUAGGUUCUCUGACAGGUACAGUAUAAUAUAUAUUUUCUACAAGGCCUAACCAUUGCUGUUUUGCUGUGAGCACAUAGUCAUAGAGUUAUUAAAGAGGCAAUCUGGAGUUCAAACAACAACAAAGGAACACCCUGCCACUGAUUUGGUAAACAGCUAAGGGAUGAGACUCGAGAUACAAUAUGUGACUAUUCUCAAUGUGUAGACAGAGCUAUGGAUGCAAGGACUGGCCAU